AUGGAAGGCGGCUACGACGAAAUUAUAUCGGAUAAUCCAUUUUUCGUGGCUUUCAAAAGUGAAUACAUGGAAAUUUUUCAACACUGUAUUGCACAAUCUUGGAUAGUGUGUGUGCCUCGCGUGGGAAGUUUGAAUACGCGUGUUUUUGCCAUAGAAGAUUUCUGUGCCCAUGUAUUAGUGCCUAGUGAUGAGUUACCCGAAACGCAUUAUAGUACUCUUACCGAAAAACAAGUGACAGUCGCAAAUAAAGUCAUCUCCCUUGAAGUUACCAAAGGUCUACCUCUGCAAAGCCAUAUCUUAUUUGAAGAAACUUUUUACACAGAGGAUUUCAUGAAGUACAAGGUAUGGUGCAUCGAAAGCCCCCUAGAACCGACCUCUAAUGUUGGAGGAAAUGAUGUUACUAAGGAGAGUCUUUGUUCCAUUAACGACUGUAUCGAUUUACUUUGGACACAGGCUGCUGGACGACAAGUCUUAGAUCAAAUUGAUUUAACAGUCCAAUUGUUUAUAAAGAAAAAUCCUGUAUUGCCUUAUGCUGUUGGGAGCCUAAAAGUUACUAUUAGUGAGCUCUACACUCAUUGCCUUCAAGUUGCCUUACAAAACAAACGCUUAAGAGAUAAGUCUAAAGCGUCAAAACAUAUUUUAGAAAACAUUAAAUUGGCUGUUGAAUGCUACAUGCAGCAGCUCAUAUUUGAUUAUAUCUUUAAACCUAUUUGUACUAGUUGUUCAUACGAAGAUUCACACCUCAAUAAAAAGAUAAGAAACAUGUGUGACAUCCAACUAAGAGAUCUUGACAUAAAAAAGGAGUUGUACCAUGCAGUGCCUAAAGCAAAACAAAUACUUUCUAAAAUUGAUUCAUACAAUACUGUAUUAGAGAAAGUUUUAUGUUUAAAGCAGGCAUUGAACGCAAUUAAUGAAAAUAGCAAUAGUAGUAAUGCAAUGUUAUUAACUGCAGAUGAUUUAUUACCUGUGUUUGUGUUUCUGUUAAUAAAGUCUGGUCUGCCUAAUUGGUACAGUCAGCUCACUUAUAUGAAAGAAUUUCAAUUUAGCGGUAUUGGAAGAGGAGAUGGUGAUGAGAGUAUAUUCCUUAUUACAACUUUAGAAGCUGUUAUUGAGCAUAUACAGUCUGGUGCUUUAGCGGGACCACCUGACCCGGAAUCCUAUUAUUAUGAUAGCAAUAACUCUGAUGAUAGCAUCAGUUCUUGUAAUCAAAGAAGAAAUAGUACAACAGAAUCAAUUUCCACUACAGAAACAACAGGACGAGAGGAAACAUUAGAUUAUGUAUUUGACUUGAUCAAAGCAAAUCAUACAGAACAAGUUCAGGCGCUGUUAGAAAGAAACAGAAAGCACUUAAACAAUAUGCAAGACAAUGAAAAGAGUGCUAUAAAACUAUCAUUAGAUGAAAUGGAUAAUGAUGAUGAUGACAGUGAUGUCGAGAUUUAUCAGAAACUCUGUCAUCCUCUGUGUAACUGUAAAAAAUGUUGCCAAAAGCUAUCAAAAAACCUAUUGAAAACAUCACCUACAAUUAGUUCCAGGGACAGCCAUGGCCUGACACCUUUACAUGUCGCCUCAAUCUAUGGUAAAGCUGCUAUUGUAGAGAUUCUGCUUGACAUGGGAGCUGAUGUGAAUGCCACUGACCUAAAUGAAUGUUCUCCAUUGCACUAUUCUGCAUCAAGAGGUCAUCAAAAUGCUCUGUUGCUACUGUUGCACUCUGGGGCAGAUAUAAAUAAGGCCAAUAUUGAUAAGAAUGCUCCGUUACAUAUGGCAGUAAAUAAUGGACAUUUGAACUGCGUUAAGGCACUUAUCUACUUUGCCGAACACGGCAGAAAACAAAUUAUCGUAAAUUGUUGCAAUGGCAACGGAAACACUCCAUUACAUUUGGCUUCCAAAUGGGGGUAUGAAGGCAUUGCCAAACUAUUGAUAGAAAAUGGUGCAGAACCAUCAUUGCAAAAUCGCAAUGGGAAAUCUGCAUUUGACAUAGCUCAUAAUUACAAAAUCUUACAGGUACUUAAGUCUAGUACCCCAAGUUUGUAUGAAUAUAUCCAUAUUACUAGUGCUGACAUCAAAAAGUUGAAUUUAAAGAAUGACAACCCUAUAACUCAAAAGUUGCAGAGCUUAAAAAUAAGAAAUGACCGCAACAAAGCAUCUAAAACUGUUGAAAAUCUUAAAAGAAUCGAGAGAAUUUUGCAAGCUAUAUCAUAUGGUGAUAUCAAGUUAGCCUGUUUCUACAUGAAUAUUAAUUAUGACAAUUACACAGAUGCUAAAUGUGACCUAAAGGAUCCACUUUGUCAUCCACUAUGCGAGUGUAAUAACUGCAAGACAGUUACUGUGUCAACUAUAUCAGACUUUGAUGUAAACUUUUGUGAUUCAAACGGUUACACACCACUACAUCAUGCUGCUAGGUACGGGCUGGAUGAACUAUGCAAAAUCCUAAUUUUAAAUAGAGCAAACAUCAAUUUAUCAAACAGAAAAGGGCAAACUGCCUUACAUUUAGCAGCCCUACACAAUAAGUCUACAACUUUGCGACAUCUUUUAGAUUGUGGUGCAAAUAUUAAUGCUAUAGAUUUUUCUGGUAAUACCCCGCUUCAUGACGCUUGUGAAGUCGGUAAUAUUGGAGCCACAAAGGUAUUACUAGGUUAUGACCCUGAUCUGAACAUGCUGAAUGCCUCCGAUAAAACACCUCUAGAUGUUGCUAAGGGUAAAGUGCAUUUAACAAUCAUAGAUUUGAUAGAAAAAUAUUCGAAUAAGGCUUCCAUUUAUAAAUGA